CCACCGAGGGCCUCGACUUCUUCACUCUUCGACACUUGUCACUUGCACUUCUCUUCUCACGUACCAUAUAUUCGACUGUCUCUCUUUCAGACCCCAUAUUCCCACCACCCAUCACCGCUUUCAGCCAGCUGACAGCUGCCGCCCGCUUUGUCGCACGCGACUCAUAUAUCAACCUGCACCCGCCACUACCUCCCUUCCGGCACUGGCCUGCUCGAGUACCGGACUUCUAUUGUCCCUGGACUCCCUUCAUCGACCGUCGCUACACAAAUAACACCAUGGACGCGCCACUCUCAGACUCCGAGGCCGAGAUGGUCAUUACGCAAACAAACGACGACAUCCCAGAGGAAUCCGACAUAAUGCUCUCCGACACUGAGAACGGCCAGAUCUACGCACCGCCGCCCCGCAUAGCUGCGCGCUUCUACCGCUCCUCAAAUAGCCGUCGCAAGUCGUCGGCCCCCUCCUCGAGGCGCAACUCGAUCUCCUCCACCCAUUCCCACCAAUCGAACCGCUCCUUCCGAAACGUGUGCCAGAGUAAUCAUGUCGCACAGCAUCUUCGCCGCGCCUCUAUACUCGAAACCCGCAAGGCUCGCCUAGCUGAUAGGGCUGCCCAUGCCGAGCAGGUUCGAUUACGCGCUGCGCUUGCCAAAGCGACCCCUCGGGGCUCGAAUAGCGAGGAGAGAGCUCUAGCUGCACAGCAAGCUCGGGAGAAACACCUAGCACAAGUAGCAGCGGCAUGCGCCGAGGAAGUCAAACGGGCCAAGAAAGUGGCCGAGGACAUGAAAGAGAGGAAAGCCGCUGAAGAACGGAGGUAUAGACUAGAAAUGGAAGAGAAACUGGCCGACGCGGAACGACGGCGAGCAGAAUAUAAGAAGAGCACUCGAAGACCCCGAACCGCCAGCCUUUCUCCUACGAAUGAGAGCAAGAAGGCUAUUCCGGGUCAUACUCUCACCCCCGAAGAUGCAGCCAAGAAGAUCCAAGCCCUUUGGAGGUCCCGAUGGAGGAGGAACGUCGUCGGGGCCUUUGUGGAACUUGGUCUCUGUAUCGAUAAAGUCCACGAUGCGACUUUUGAAGAUAUCACCUCGAUCCUGGCCGAGGAGAAGCUGCUGAGUGCAACAUCUAAGAUCAUGUCUAUCUUCGGUUUAUUGACUGAAGGCGACGUGGCUGCGAAUGGGACGGCCGUUCGUACAUUUCUCAGUGCAUAUCUUAUUCUCGGACAUCCGGAGCACGUUUUCAGCAAAGAUGGCGACCAAGAGCAAGACUUGAUCAGGAAGGCCAAGGAUUUGGUUAUUUCAUUCGAAUCCGCUUUGCCCAGGCUUACGGCAUACAAUAACUACACCCCGGCGCCUAUCCGACUUGAAACCGUAAUACUUGCACAUGGUGCCUUCAUCACGGCUUUCAACGACUGGAAAGCUCGCGAUUCAUCAGCCAUCAUCGAGACUAUGGUGGCUACUUUUGUGAAUUUGGACGCUAUUUGGCAAAGCGUCAAAGACGAGACCGUGGACGAGGUCGCGAAUGAAUACAGAAUGGGCAUUCGGGACAACCAAGUCAUUUUACUCAGCAAGAUUAGGAAACUAGUUGGUCCCGAAAGAGCGAGUCUUCUUAUCAGGAAGGCCAUCCGCGAGAGCAGGAGGGCCAGACCUCGAAGGAGACCAGCUGGUGAUGUUCGCCCUCGAUUGGCUAUGGAAUCGUCUUCCCCAACGGGUUCAGUGACCUCUGCUGAAGUCACAGGACUAGAGGCUGAAGCGGCGUCGCAAUUGGCAGAGUCUCAGAGAACUGCCACCACAGACGGCUUCCAAGCCAGAGAAAUCACAAAGAUGUUCUCUGUUAUGCCUCACAACCGAAUCUUGGUACAUGAGCUCGCCAUCGACAAAGAUUUCCGCCUUGACCCAUCUCCCCAAGCUGAGCUCCGCGAGGCUAUGCAUAGGGAUCUUUGCGACUCUAUGUUGAAGGGAUUCGAGAAUGGCGAAGGCAAUCUCUGGACUAUGGCUAUGGCCGAAAACAUUCGAGAGAAGCUCCUUCGUCUGUUGAAGCCUGGAAACUCGAUGCAUACGCUUAUAUCAGAAGCCCUCGACCAGGAACACAUCAGCACUCAGCUGAAUCAGGGGCUCUUCUCGUACGAGAAGUUCUUCUCUUUUACUGCGUCAAUCCUUCCCAAGCUCUGCGCACCAGUCCGAGACGCAGAGGUCAAAGCAUUGGCAGACGAGCUCGUGGAAGAGGGUCCGCUUCCAGACAUGAUCGAGAAGAUCUUCAAGCUUCUCCACGUCAUCGACCUCCUAUCCCUCGACUACUCCAACUUCCUCCUCAUGAAUGCAGCCCCAACCCUGAUCAAAGAGUCUGCAGGCUACGAAGCCCGCUCCUUCGCCCAAGACCUCGACUCGGGCAAAACCACUCUCCAGAACACCCGCCGCUGGUGGCACAACGCCGCCGUAAACCUGCACACCGAAGCGGACCGCCGCGACCCAGCUAACCGGCCCACAACCGACAAGAUCUACGCGCGCGGCCUCGUCGACCUCGCCAUCGCCACGCCUCCCCUCCGCGACUCGGACCUCCCAGAAACCCUCGCGCUCGACCGCGUCCGCCUGCUCCGUAUCCGCGCCGACGCCGUCCGCAUCACCGCCAUCGGCGGCAUCCUCCUCACCGCCAAGAACCUCCUCAAGCGCGACGUGCGCUCGCCCUGGAAAGCUGAGGCCGCGCGCAUGUGGGACACGCUGAAGGACGGCUACGACGCCACCGACGCCGCUCUGUCCGCCAAGAUGCUGUCCAUGAUCGAGUCCUCGCACGCCAUGCCGCCCGCCACCCGCGCGCAGCUCGCCAGCACCAUCGCCCGCCUGCUCACGCAGGCGCAGAGCGGCAAGCUGACCGACCCCGUCAUGAAAGUGCUCUUCCAGCGCCUCAAGACACACAUUUUCAGCCGCAUCUCGGCGUCGAGCAGCGGCGAGCGCGUGCGGGCGGCCAGCACGGCGACGGAGGGCCUCGCGACGACGGGGCUGCCCGAGUUUAUCGGGCAGGUAGGCGAGAUUGUCGAGACAUUGGGGCGAGUGGCGGGCGUGGAUCGGCGCGCGCAUAGUGUGUGGUAUGAGCAGUUGUCCGAGGAGAUGGAGCGGUUGGGGCAGGAAAUUGAGGGGCAGGGGCAGACGGGGGGAGAGAGGUCGAUUGAGGCUUGAGCGAAUUUGCGAGUUCGAGUUCUUUUAUUUUUUGCGUAUGCGCGCGCUUUUCUCUUCAAGCGACUCGGUUCGUUUUCAGCAUCACGACUUUCCUUGGCCUCGACAGUACGGUACAGCACAUGGCGUAGGCGUUUUUCCCCCGAUCAGGUUGGGUAAUAAGGUUGCACAUGGACGUUUUUGAGUCGUCUGGGGCGCGG